CGUUUCAUUUUGUUUUAUAUUAUUCUUAUUUCACUCACUCAUUCCCUUGCACCAUCAUAGUAGAGUACUACUUCUGCAUUCUCUUUCUAGAAACAAUGUCUACAUGUCUGUGAACUAUGUCUCAGAGAGAGAGAGAGAGAGCAUGUUAUGUUGGACCCACAUUCAGAAACUCAACAAACAAUUAAGCAAUUCCAUUUCCAUGUGCCAAACCUCUCUCUCUCUCUCUUGCAUUCCAUGUGAAGCAUUGAUUCAUUCAAGUUUGUACUGUAAGAGUUGGAAUCUCACUCACUCUCAGCUUUGAAGUGUUUCAACCUUGAGGUUUGAGCUAUGGACCCAAGCACUCGUCUUGAUCACACACUCUUUCAGCUCACCCCAACAAGAACAAGAUGCGACUUGGUUAUUGUUGCUGGUGGUGUGACUGAAACACUAGCUUCAGGCUUGUUAGAACCGUUUCUUUCACAUCUAAAGAGUGCAAAAGAUCAGAUUUCAAAAGCUGGCUAUUCCAUCACUCUGCGUCCUCCAUCUUCUCCCAAUGCUCCAUGGUUCACCAAAGCCACCCUCCAAAGGUUUGUUAGAUUUGUAAGCACUCCAGAAGUUCUAGAGAGGAUUGUGACGAUAGAAAAGGAGAUUGUGCAGAUCGAAAAUCAGUCAAUUGAGAAGACAAAUUUAGUGUUAGAAGAAGAAGGGCGCAUAAAAAAAUCAACUGCGAAUCAAGAGGGAAAUGAAGAAAAUUCCAGGGUUCGCCUUCGACGUGUUUUAGAUAAUCGUAAAGCCAUGCUUUGCAAAGAGCAAGCAAUGGCCUAUGCCCGUGCUUUAGUAGGAGGGUACUAUCCAGAGUCUUUAGAUGAUCUUAUAUGUUUUGCCGAUGCUUUCGGAGCUUCACGUUUAAGGGAAGCAUGCAUCAAUUUCUUAGAUCUAUGCAAACAAAAGAAUGAAGACAAGCUUUGGAUGGAUGAGAUAGCAGCAAUGCAAGCUUCGUCUCAACCGGUAUUGCCAUACCUGAGAACAGCCGGAAUCAUACUUGCCGGCGAAGAUGAUGCUAGCAGUAAACUGAAUGGUUUAGGUGAUGCUGCUAUCUCUGAGUCAACCCCAAGUCAUGCAAGUUUUGACAUGAAUCAAGAUAAUGGCAUGCCAACACCACCAAUGUCAUGGCCAAACCAUGUUCCCCAUUACAUUCACAAUUUUCAGGGUCAUGGAUUUCAACAUUUGCCACCACCAUACCAAGGGUACCUCUAUCCUGGUAUGCAGGUUCCCUCUUCAUACUAUCCAGCCAGUAUGCAAUGGCCUCCGAAUUCGGAAGACUCAAUGGAUUAUAGUAAACCAUCCUUUAAGAAGAAGAAGAAGAAGAAACACUCUCAGGAAGAUGCAUCUACUUUGUCCAGUGACUCAAGUUAUGAGUGUGAUUCAGAUGAACAUUCAAGGCAAGGAAAAAAGAAGCAUGGAAAGAAGUCAUCAAGGAAAGUCGUUAUUCGCAAUAUAAACUAUAUAACCUCUAAAGGAGAUGGCGAAAAAGGUAGUGUCACCGAGGGGAGUUCGUCGAACAAUGAAGAUUUUAUCAAUGGAGAUUCCCUGAAACAUCAAGUAGAGGAAGCUGUGGAGUCACUGGAGAGAAAGCACAAGUCAAGUUCCCAACAGCAUAAGAAACAACAAAAUGGUUCAGCCGGCAUUGAUUCGAAUGGCACGAAGAGAAAUGACAACUGGGAUGCUUUCCAGAAUCUUCUCUGGAGAGAUGAUGAGCCUAGUCCUGAUACAGAACAACAACAUGUAAAGCUUGAGGAGGAAGUUAUUGUGAAUAAGAGUUUCAAAGAUGAUUCAUUUAUUUUAUCAUCAAAGGAAUUGGACAAUGAGAGUCAAAAUUACAACGAAUACUUUAAGGAGGGGACGAAUGCAUCUUCCUUGAUGAAGAAAAAGGUUAACACAAAUGAGAAGUUUUUGUUUUCUCAGAGAAAUGAAGAAAAUGAGAAUGAACACAAAACUUUCAGCAUGUUGAAUGGUGUUUCCAAUUCUGAGAAAAACAGGAGAGACACUUUGGCUGAUGACUCAUUCAUGAUUCAAGCUCGGUCAUCGGAUAACCAAUCGAAUUCUCAAUCAGCAGCAGACUUAAGUUUGGUUUCAGACAUUGUUGGUGCUGCUGAAUUCUCCAACAGCACACAAGAACAUUCUCACAAUAAGACUGAAACUUUGAAUUCCCAAGAGCCAGAUGAUCUCUUCAUGGUUCUUGAUCGUGACUCGGCCUUAGAGCACAGCGCAGCAGCACCACCUUGGAGUGCUGAAAUGGAUUAUCAAAACAACAUAUCAUCAAAUGAAGUGAACAAAAAGCUACCCAACGCCGAAACAGAGAAAAAGAAGUCGUCGAAUGGCGAGAGGACUAAUACUAAAGCUCCCGGAGCAAGGAAUGGAAAAGUUUCAGGUAAAGCAGCAAAGGAUAGGCCAGUAAAUGGACUUAAUGGAAGGAGCAAAUCAGAUAUCAGCUCUAAAACCAGAAUGACAGCUACUAAAAGCAAAUCUGCAAAGGAAGAAGAAAGUAGAAAGCGAAAGGAGGAGCUACUGAUUCAACGGCAGAAAAGAAUUGCAGAAAGAAGUGCUUCUAAGAAGACUACUUCAAUAGACACCAAGAACAACAAGCCAAAGAUUCAUCCAUCCAAUGAAGAGACUAAGAAAUCACAAAAGCCGGUCCUUCGAAACUCCACAAUCGAGCGCCUCGCAACUGCGCGUGUAGUAAGUCAGAAAGUUUCAAAACCAGUUCCUACCAAGAAACCAUCCUUGAAGGCAAAUGCAGUUCCUUUGGAAAAGAAGAAACAAGGUGUGAAAGAGGUGAAAUCUUCAAAGAAGAAAGCAAAUGAGGAAAGAGAGCAUGCCUCAGAAGUUGUGUUGCCAAUAAACUCUGCCAAGAAUUUGAUCUCAGAAAGAGAGCAUGUGCAUGAAAAUGUUGGCCAACUUCACAUGAAGGCGUCAAGAGGUAAAGACUUGUCAAGCAAGUUAUCUUCGCUUGCAGCCGAUAAACCUCAGCAGAUCGCCGAGGCGAUCAUGAAUCCUAGCGCAGCAUCGCCAAUCAAGCCGCCGCCAGCUGUUUCUGCCGUGAGUUCAAAGGUCAGUCUAGAGAUAGAUGAAAUCAAUGCUGCUGUCUCUCUUCAAGUCCCUAAGAAACAAAAUGCUACCCCUCCUCCUCCUCCACUUAGUGAUCAAGUGAUGUCGGAACCAGUUCACUCUAGGAAGAAAUGGAACAAUGAUGAGGACUCUUCCAAAGCUGCCAAAGGAUUCCGGAAGCUUCUCUUCUUUGGAAGAAGGAGCUAAGCAGCCUAGUUGACAACACUCAUGAAUCCUCUUUAUCCAUGGUUUUCGUAAUUCAAUGUUUUUACAUUCCCCAUUCCUUAGCUUAGUAGAAAGUGUUUGACACAACAUUUUGUUUUGUUUUUUGGGUUUUGAACACAUACAUUCAUGUUUCAUGUGGAAGAUUGUAGAUAGUUUCUAGCUUUUGCCACACACAAACACAAUAAGGCCAUGGGAUUUGGAGUUUGGUGCCAUGUUAGAGAUCCUUGAUGUAAAUUAUGUGAGUAUGGUAUAGUAAUAUCCUAAGUGAGGAUUGCAAAGUUAAUAAAUUUUUGUGUUACAACUCUUAUUAGGAGGGCUUAUCUUUGUUCAUUGAUUUCAUUUGAUGCCAAAAACAUGUUUCCUUGUAUUU